UCCAGUCCUCCCUUCCCCAGUCCACACCACACGGCCGCCUCUUCCUCGUCUCUGAUCCGCUCCGCUCCGCUCCCUCCCAGACGCCGCUCCGACGUGCUCGCCUGUCCGGUUGCAGAACCUUGGAAGUCGGCGCCUUCACUAUCUCUGCUUCCGCUCUGUCACCGCCAGAUCUCUCUUCUCCCGCAUCGCCGGCGGAGUUGCGUGCCGGAAGAGAAUCCAAAACAGCGCACGCGACCGUACUAGUGAAAUCCUUCAGAUAGGCAUCGAUGCGGCGUUUAAAAGAUAGGAAUUUCUGGAUUUACUUGCUAAUCGGAACUCUUCAGAUGCAAGCUUUUCCAGUUUAUGGAUGAUUACUUUAGAUUAUCAAAUGCUUUCUUCAAGGAGAUUCAGUUUUCUUUCUUCAUCAUGUUCAGCUCUUCGAUACACACUGACAAAUACCUCUGGCUAUGGGUCGCCGGCUCGAUUAAGCGAUGAGUGCAAUAAGCAUUCGAUUUAUUGUUCUGAAAGAAAAAUGGAGGCCGCCGGAUUCAUGACUCGGGACAAUCCCUGUUUUAGAGCAUUCUGUACAGUGGCUGCUCCCCUAUUAGUUCAAGCUUGCGACCCGUCUCGAGUAGCUUUGGAGCUAGAACAUGCAGUCGAUGAGCAAAGAUUUGAGGAUGCAUGGAUUGCAUAUGAGAAGCAUGUGCACAUGGUUGGUCUCCCUAGGAAAUCAGUCUUGAGCAAGCUUCUAGUUGGUUUUACUGAGAGCUAUAGUGCCCAUUGGUUAAACAAAGCAUAUAGUGUCGUCGAGGUGGCUUUUGCGGAAACUAAGCAUGAUCUAUUGGAGAAAGAUGUUCUUCUUUACCUCGCUUUCAUCCUUUCGAGAUCGCAACUGUCUAUCCUUGCAGCAAACAUUGUAAGAAAAUUGGUAAAGAUGGAAGCUUUCCCUCCUGUAACAGCUUGGUCAGGUAUCAUAGGCCACAUGAGCCAAACAUCGACUGGUGCAUUGCUUGCUUCUGAGUUAAUUAUGGAGAUUGGGUAUCUGUUCAAAGAUAACAGGGUUGAUCCUCGUAAAAAGAGCAACAGACCUUUGCUAGCUAUGAAGCCAAACACUAUGGCCUUUAAGAUCGUUUUAACUGGAUGCCUCCUUUUUGGAACUACUAGAAAAGCUGAGGAGCUUCUUGAACUAAUGCCACGGAUCGGUGUGAAGCCUAAUUCCAACUUACUGAUUGUGAUGGCUCAAAUAUAUGAGAAAAAUGGGCAUAGAGAUGAACUUAUAAAACUAAAGAGGCAUGUCGAUGAGGCCAUUGAUCUUAACAUUGUAGACUUUCAGCAGUUCUACGAUUGCUUGUUUUCCUGUCAUUUGAAGUUUAAGGAUUUAGAUGCAGCCGUCGACAUGGUCCUAGACAUGCUCAGAAAAGCUAAGGAAGCAAAGCAGUCUUUGGCUGCUGCAAGGUCAUUGUUGCAAACUGUUGAAGCUGGAAGUUCAAUUCCUUGUGAAAACCCUGGACUUGAGAAGUUGGAUAGUUUGGACAAGUUUGAAUUGAUUAAGCUCCAGGCGCCUCUUUAUUUUGAUUUCACCAAGGAUCGAAGAUGUUCAAGGCUUGAAGCUGAGGCCAAGGAAUCGCUUGAUUUGCUAACAGAAAAGUUGCAGGCUAAGGUUGAACUUGUUAAAUCUGAACGUGGCAUUCUUCAUCCAACCGAGAAAAUGUAUGCUAAACUCGUAAGUUCUUUCCUUGAAGCUGACAAAAUUAGCGAAUUGGCAUCUUUCCUAAUCAAAGCAAGCAAGGAAGAAGCUCCUGUUUCUGUUGAAAAAUCUGCUGUUGUUCAAGUAAUAAAUUAUUGUAUUUCUAUUGGUUUACUAGAACAGGCACAUGAUCUAUUGGAUGAGAUGAGAUUUUCUGGGAUUAGAGUUGGUUCUGCUGUUUAUUCUUCUCUGCUAAAAGCUUACUGUAAGGAUGAUCGACAUGCUGAAGCACUGGCACUCCUAAGAGAUGCCCGACAAGCAGGAAUCCAGCUUGACUCAAGCUGCUAUGAUACUCUUAUCCAAUCGCGGAUACAACAGAAUGACUCGAGUGGUGCUCUGCAUAUAUUUAAGGAGAUGAAAGAGUCCAACAUACCAAGACUGACUCAUGGGAGUUUUGAAACUUCAGUGGAUGGCUGUGCAGGGGGACAUGAAGCAGGUCUGAUGGCUAAGCUUUUAGAGGAAAUAGAGGACAGUCAGAAUGUCGAUACUGGUAUUCACGAUUGGAACAACGUGAUUCAUUUUUUUUGCAAGAAAAGACUGAUGGGUGAUGCUCAAAAAGCUCUGAACAAGAUGAAAGCUUUAGGCCACAUGCCAAAUGCUCAGACUUACCAUUCUCUGGUUAUUGCGUAUGCUGCAAUAGGUGGGAAAUAUCAUGAAGUAACAGAUUUGUGGGGAGAAAUGAAAGUUCUUGCAAAUUCAAAGUCGAUGAAAUUUGACCAGGAGUUAUUAGACUCAUUACUGUAUUGUUUUGUCAGGGGUGGCUUUUUCCUUCGAGCCAUGGAAGUCAUCGAGAUGAUGGAGCUCGAUCAGAUGUUCAUAGACAAGUACAAGUAUAGGUCUCUUUGGUUGAAGUAUCAUAAGAUUUUGUAUAAGGGAAAGGCCCCAAAGGUGCAGACAGAAGCUCAGCUGAAAAGAAGGGAAGCAGCUUUGGCUUUCAAGAGAUGGAUUGCCAUAACAUAAGAUUACAAUGCCUGUUCCUGUUCAAAUGAUUUGUGCCUAAAAGUUUUUGUGUAAUCCUAUUGCAAAAUAAGUUUCUUCUUCAAGAUAAAAGACAACUAUGGAAUUGUUGCAUUCGCUAAGGAAGCAGUUUGUGUUAGUCUGAAAGCAAAUUUUGAACAGAAUAAUAACUUAUGUAGCCAAAGGAGAGAAGAAGUUGAAUGAUCUUAUUCAAGUAAGGCAUGGAAAAGGAGUUUGGAUAUGACAAAUAUGAAGGUUUUAUUCAACGUUCUUGGUUAAGAAGUCAAGCAACUUGAAGAAGGCAUAACUUUGUAAAUGAUUUUCUCAAGAAGUUCAAGAUGGAGAAGUAUAAGCUAAACUAAUGGAUUAUGGAGGAAAACUAUUCAAGUUUAAGACAAGGUGAUAGAUUCUACACUUUAUAAAAGCUUGGUCAGGUGUCUGAGGAACUUACCUUGUAGAAGAUCAAACAGUUUAUGGUGUUGGUUUGGCAACCAAUUUGUUCAUGGAGGUCAAAAAAGCAACUCAUUACUGCCCUACCAACUUGGGGAGCGAGUUUACUAUAACAUCUACUUAUCUUAACCAUACGAUAUGGUUAAGAAGCAAUAAACCACACUGCUCGAAGUUGUAGCUAUAAGAAUUUGCAUAGCAAAUUAAUGAUUGAUUUGGGAAAGAACUAGUUUAAUGAUCACAGGAGCAAGCAUAUUGUUGUGCGCUUUCAUUCAAUUUGAGAGCAUAUCGAAAAUAAGAAUGUGCAGCUAGUACAUGUGAAGACUCAAUGAUAAAGUUGCCAACAUUUUUACUGAGCUUUGUCGAAGAUUACUCGAGUUAAGCAAAGCGAAAAGAGGUGACUACAAAGGUUCUAGAUAAUUACACUCCAUCUUUAGUAUUUGUUCGGCAUUCGGUUGCCUCUUCAAGCUGAACCAAAGCCGUGAGCACAAUGAUUGAGUUACUGCUAAACCAUGGCAUGAAAACUUGGGUGAGCACUAAUUCUGUGAAAAAAAUUUACAUGUUUUAAAAAUCUGUUCAUAAAUUCAGAUGAUCUGACAGCACAUAAAGAGCAAGAACAAAGAUAUUCAGAUCAUCCAAUCCUCAAGGGCCUUAUUGGAUAGAAACUUAAAACACCACCCCCUACAAGAGAACGAGCUCGAAUCGCAGCAAGAAAAUGGCGUGGGAAUCGAAUGAUUGACCUUUUUAUUGGUGGUAACUAACCUGCCCUUUUUUCCAUUUUCUGCAACGAGAGCUGAAUUCUUUAGUGCGGCUGUCUGAAAGCUGAGCUCAGUUUCUUGACAACCUCCUUCGCGGUCAUGUCGAACUCCUCCUCGAUCUGCUCAGAGAUCGCCGGAGCGAGCACCGAGUUAGAGGAGGCAAGGGAGAGGGAGAGAGAGAGUUGAAAGGCUUGGUGCAUCGAACCUGAGCCAUGACGGUUAUGUCGAG